UCUAUUUUGCUUUCUCUUACUUUAACAGCCACAACAAUCCCUCUCUCUUUCCCCCCUUCUCUCUCUAGAAACAUCAUCAAAAUCUAAUCCUCUUGUAUCUCUUCGUCUCUCUGUGUUUGAAGCUUGAGAAUUUUUUGUUUUUCUUGGUUUAAUUUGUUUAGUGCAUGGCAGUGAGUUUGUUCGCACAUGAGGUGUCAGACCUAUGCCUUGGAAAGCCUGCGCUUAGGUCACUUUCUUUCACCGCCACCGUUGGCGAAGCCUUAUCGGCAUUGAAGAAGCUCGGAGAUAGCUGUAUAAGCGUUUGGAGCUGUGACCAUUCGAAGAGUAGUUGUAUUGGGGAUGAGAGUUGUUGUAGAUGUGUAGGGAAGGUUUGCAUGGUCGAUGUUAUCUGUUUUCUCUGCAAGGAAGAUAACCUUUCGUCUCCUUUGACGGCGCUUCAAGCUCCGGUUUCCGAUUUGAUUCCUAAGGAUACUACGCUUGUUAGGCAUUUGGAACCCAACGCCAGCUUGGUGGAGGCCAUAGAUCUAAUUCUUGAAGGUGCACAGAACCUGGUUAUACCAAUUCAAACCAAGAACAGUACAAGAAAGAAGCCCCUCAUCAACAACCCCUUGUCUGACUCCACCCUCCACAAAAACCGGGAAUACUGCUGGCUCACCCAGGAAGAUAUUAUCCGCUACCUCCUCAACUGCAUAGGCCUCUUUUGCCCCACCGCAAUCAACCCCAUCAACGCCCUUAAAGUCAUUGAUUUCGACGACAUCCCAGUCGUCCAUUACGAUGACCCUGCAUCAUCUGCAUUGACCCUUAUCUCCAACUCACUUGUUCAUCAAACCUCUGUUGCCAUUGUUGAUGUGGAAGGCAAGUUGAUAGGUGAAAUCUCACCCUUCACCCUCAAUUCCUGCGAGGAGACCACAGCAGCGGCCAUAGCAACUCUCUCCGCUGGGGAUUUGAUGGCAUACAUUGACGGCGGUGGUCCACCAGAGGACUUAGUGCAGCUAGUGAAAGAGAGACUCGAGGAGCGUAGUUAUGGGGCAUUUGUGGAGUUGAUGGAAGAAGAAUCCACAAUUUCAUCAUCUUCUUCAUUUUGUUCAUGCUCAUCAGAUGACGAGUUUGGCCCGGUGAGGAGUGGGAAGCUAGGCAGCUACUCAGCGAGGCUGGUAAGAAGGUCGGAAGCCAUUGUGUGCUACCCUUGGAGCUCGAUGGUGGCAGUGAUGAUUCAAGCUCUUGCCCACCGUGUGAGUUAUGUGUGGGUUGUUGAAGAGGAUGGAACUUUGUCUGGCAUUGUUACAUUUGCAGGAAUGUUGAAAGUUUUCCGGGAACACGUGAAAUCUAUGGGAUAAGCUGCAUAAGCCCCCAUAAGAUGAGAGGAUUCAAAUCCUAUGAAGCAAAAAUGCUAAAACUUGAAGCUAAACACCAACGAUUUCAAUAUUCGUGACUAAAAUAUACCAUGCAGAGACAUCAACCUUUCAAACUCGUUAAUAUUAUUGUACUAAAUACUUUUUACUUGCUUUAUUAUUAUUGAUAUGAUAAAGUCAUACAUAUAUGACUCUAGAUUCUUUUU